UCCAUCUCCCACUUCCGGCAGCUCCACACCCCGACCAACACUCUGCUCCAGUCUAUGGCUGUGUGUGACCUGGGGCUGGGUCUGUUGGUGAUGCCUGUCGAAGGCCUGCGCUAUAUUGAGUCAUGCUGGCUGCUGGGGAGGAUAAUGUGUGCUCUGUCUACUUAUGUUUUUUACUGUCUGGCCACUGGUGCUCUGGGCCACAUGGUGCUCAUAUCCAUCGACCGUUAUUUGACUAUCUGUGACCCACUGGUCUACUCCUCUAAGGUCACACUCACUAUUGUUAAAAUCUGUAUUUGUCUCUGCUGGGCCUGUUCAAUUAUCUACAACGGGUUAAUUCUAAUGGACCACUUAGUACAACCGGACAAAUUCAAUUCCUGCUAUGGGGAGUGUGUGGUGGUCAUCAAUCAGAUUUCAGCAACUAUUGACAUGUUCAUGACCUUUAUUGGGCCCUGUACUGUCAUGGUUGUGCUGUACAUUAGAGUGUUUGUGGCUGCCCUUUCUCAGAUGCGAGUAAUUCAGUCACAGGCUGCUGCUACCAAGGCCAGAGCAGCUCCAACUGCUAGAAAAUCACAGCCCAAGGCAGCCAGGACUCUGGGGAUUCUGAUAGCAGUGUUUCUAAUGUGUUUCUGCCCAUACUACUAUCCCAUUCUUGCAGGCGUGAACACCUCCACCAAUUUGUCCUAUUAUCCAAUACUGAUGUGGAUCCAGUUACUGAACUCUUGUUUGAACCCUCUGAUUUAUGCUAUGUUCUACCCCUGGUUUAGAAAAGCUAUCAAACUCAUCAUCACACUCAGAAUACUGCAGGAUAACUCCCGGGAGGUCAAGAUCCUGUAG